AAGCGCAUGCUUCGAAUGUGAUGAUUCGAAUGAUUCAAGAGUCUCAGCGAAACGUGUUCCGCGGAGCAGUGAGCAGACGGCAGAUCCUCGCGCUUCGCUUUGCUUGUGUGACUUGGUCCUGCUGCUUAAAAUAAAAAUGCAAGCGACCCCACGGGGCUGGCUGGGCGGGCUGACUAGUCGACAGCGAAGCUUUAUGAUUGCUGGACAUGAACGCCUCGGUCGAAAGUUCCGCGCCAGGUGGUGUGAGGCCAGGAAGGUGGGAAAUUGCAGCUUGCGACAACAAAUGGGCCGAGUGGAGGGCAGAAGCUUUUCUGGACUGGAGCCUCGCGCAUCGCCGGUCAGCGGAACGCUUGCCUGCGACCAAGCGACCAAAGAGGGGAAAUACGAGGACGCCUUGCCAUACGUGUAUAAGGAAAUAUUGCUUUCUAGCUCCACCCGAUUGCCAGCGGGUUGUUCGAUGGCAUGACUUGCAUUGUACUGUAUUGAUGAUCAGCACGGCAGGUGGUAUCGCUGGCAUCGCUGGCAUGGAGCCUCGUACCGUAGACGAGGUGGCACCUCGUACGAAAGGCGUAUCGAUAUCUCCCCUUCUCGUGGAACACGUGGUUCGCUCUCCACCGACCAUUUCUCGCGAGCAGUGGAAGGUUACUCAACAAUUGGGCUGCUCAGCGAUUUUCUUUGGCCUAGGAUCAGGGGCUGAAACGAGCGCGGUGGUGAGUGGUGUGGCUUUAAUUCGGUCAAGGAGGGGGCUGUGUUGGUCUCGGAUGCUUCUCAUGCGCGACAUCACCUCCUGCGUACACACAGUAUGUACAGUACCGGUAUUCUUCAUGCUUGAACCUCCGCAGUUGCCGAACAAGGCAACAAACAUGAGGAGGCCUGUCGGGCAUCCCCAGGUUCCGCACGCUCAACAAGCAUCUCCAAGCACCCCAAGAGCCACGCGGGGUGAGCACCACGGGUGUCGGCACCGCUUGUUUACGUCGAUAGCGCGCAGGAUUCGCGAGCCAGAAAGCCAUCUCGUCAGCCACUGGUGCCAUUACCACGCCCGUCGCUACGCUAGCAGCUUUCUCCUUUGUCCCUCAACGCGAGGGCAUGGCUUUGGCAAUGACGAAGCCCACGGAAAUGAGAGGCCCUCGGCCACGGAACCGACGGGUGUUUGACCACUCAACAGCCUACUUGCCGCGGCGUCAUGUUUCCCCAGGAUUCAUCAACAAGACGCUUUCGGAAAGCUGUCCAAGCAAUAUCGAAACGCCCAAGCAGCCCGAUCCCCUAUUACACUUCCUCGGCGAUAAGGCUUAAUCCACGCACAGUAUUCCCAAGUCAGACAACCAUGCACAACUCUCCUUGCCAAGCCCGGAAAGCGCUUUGGAACAUGCCAGGUUCCUGCAUCUCGCGGGUGCCCGUGCCCCUUGCGAGGACGGCCUGCUCCAAUCCGGGACCCGGCCCACUCGAAGCGAUCCCGACCACUGGGCCAGGCAAUACGUAGCGGGAAUGGCGUGGGUGGAGGCCCCAGGCCCGCAGCCUAAAGGGGCACAAAAGCUAGGGUACUCGGCCCUGGGCCAGACAAGGGCCACCAUCCGCCGUCUCUCGUUAGGCUGCAGAGCGAGUCAAGAUUAGCAGCUGGCGGCG